CGUUGCGCGAACAUACGAACCUUUACCGCGACAGGGCGAGAUCCGUUCUUCGGUACCGUAACCAUUGCUGACCGGGCAAGAAUCUGAUCCAAAUCGUCGUCCACCGACGCACCGUUUCUUCGGUACGGGUCACUUGAAAUCCGUCGUCUGAACCUUUGGGCUAGCACCUCUCAUUCAGCUCCACGAGAUAAGGCAAACGAAUCGCCAAAAUGCAUCGCGCAAGAACAGCUCUCCAUAUGGUCAAUCCAAUGGGCCAGCAGAACUUUGGUUCGUUUUUCCUGAAGAAGCCCUCGAAGCUGACAACGGAACUGGUUGCGGCAUCAUCCGUGAAGCUGUACAACUCCGCCGCAGCUGAACCAUUCCUGAAUGGUUCCUCGUCAAACUACAUUGACGACAUGUACAAUGCUUGGCUGCGUGAUCCGGCGUCCGUGCAUGCGUCCUGGGAUGCAUAUUUCAGGAACAACUCCUACGCAGCACCGCCGAGCCUUGCCCCAGUACCGAAAAAUCACGUCCCCGCCUCACAGUAUUUAGGCAGCUCGCUACCGGCCAUAGCUGGCGCUGGUGCCGCCGUCGGUGGUCGUAUCGAUGAUAAGCUGAUCGAUGAUCAUCUUGCCGUGCAAGCUAUCAUUCGUAGCUAUCAGUCCCGUGGGCACCUGGUUGCGGACAUCGAUCCGCUGGGUAUUCUGAAUGCUGAAAUCAACCCGGAAAGAGCGAAUCUGCGUGCGAAUGAAAAAGUUACCCGCAGUUAUAUGAACUUCGAGGAAGCUGAUAUGGAGCGAGUCUUUAAGCUGCCGAGCACGACGUUCAUUGGAGGCAAGGAAAAGUUUUUGCCGCUCCGUGACAUCCUUGGCCGGCUGGAGAAGGCAUACUGCAACAAAAUCGGUGUUGAGUUUAUGUUCAUUAACUCGCUAGAGCAGUGUAACUGGAUUCGUGAGCGCUUCGAAACGCCAAACAUCAUGAACUACUCGAACGAUGAAAAGCGACUUAUUCUGGCUCGUUUGACCCGCGCAACUGGCUUCGAGGCUUUCCUGGCGAAGAAGUUCUCCUCUGAGAAGCGUUUUGGUCUGGAGGGUUGCGAAAUAAUGAUUCCCGCGAUGAAGGAGGUAAUCGAUGUGUCGACCCGGCUUGGCGUCGAGUCGAUCAUCAUGGGUAUGCCACAUCGUGGUCGUUUGAACGUUCUGGCGAAUGUUUGCCGUAAGCCCCUGCAUCAAAUCUUCACGCAGUUCGCCGGUUUAGAAGCUGCCGAUGAUGGAUCUGGUGAUGUGAAAUACCAUUUGGGAACGUACAUCGAGCGUUUGAAUCGAGUGACGAACAAGAAUAUUCGCCUGGCCGUUGUAGCAAACCCAUCUCAUCUGGAGGCUGUCGACCCGGUAGUGCAGGGUAAGACGCGUGCCGAGCAGUUCUACCGCGGUGACGGCGAGGGUAAGAAGGUGAUGUCCAUUCUGCUUCACGGUGACGCUGCCUUCUGCGGGCAGGGUGUGGUGUUUGAGACCAUGCACUUGUCUGAUCUACCCGACUACACGACGCACGGUACCAUCCACAUUGUGGUGAAUAAUCAAAUCGGUUUCACUACCGAUCCGCGUCACUCGCGCUCCUCGCCCUACUGUACGGACGUGGCACGUGUGGUCAACGCACCGAUUUUCCACGUCAACGGCGACGAUCCGGAAGCAGUGAUGCAUGUGUGCAAGGUGGCUGCUGAGUGGCGCGCCACUUUCCAUAAGGAUGUCAUUAUCGAUAUUGUGAGCUACCGUCGCAACGGACACAACGAGAUUGACGAGCCGAUGUUCACGCAGCCGCUCAUGUACAAGAAGAUCCGUGGCACGAAGCCCGCUCUUGACAUUUACGCCAACCAACUGAUCAGUGAGGGUGUAGUGACAUCCGAGGAAGUCAAGAGCGUCAAGGACAAGUACGAAAAAAUCUGCGAGGAAGCUUUUGAGCAGGCCAAGACGGAAACGCACAUCAAAUACAAGGACUGGAUCGAUUCCCCAUGGUCUGGUUUCUUCGAGGGAAAGGACCCCCUGAAGGUCGCUCCUACUGGUGUGAUCGAAGAGACGUUGGUGCACAUUGGCAACCGCUUCUCAUCGCCGCCUCCGAACGCCGCCGAGUUCGUCAUUCACAAGGGCCUGUUGCGUGUGUUGGCCGCGCGCAAGGACAUGUUGGAGAAUAAAACCAUCGAUUGGGCUCUUGCCGAAGCGAUGGCAUUCGGAUCGCUGUUGAAGGAAGGCAUUCACGUUCGUUUGUCCGGUCAGGACGUAGAACGUGGCACUUUCUCACAUCGUCACCACGUGCUGCACCACCAGACGGUAGACAAGGCUACCUACCGGCCACUGUGCCACCUGUACCCGGAUCAGGCUCCGUACACUGUCUGCAACAGCUCACUGUCAGAGUUCGGUGUGCUCGGCUUCGAGCUGGGCUACUCGAUGACCAACCCGAACGCACUCGUCUGCUGGGAGGCCCAGUUCGGCGACUUCAACAACACCGCACAGUGCAUUAUUGAUCAGUUCGUGUCCUCCGGACAGGCAAAAUGGGUACGCCAGAGUGGUCUGGUGAUGUUGUUGCCGCACGGUAUGGAGGGUAUGGGUCCAGAGCAUUCUUCGGCCCGUGUCGAACGGUUCCUUCAGAUGUGCUCGGAUGAUCCUGAUUAUUUCCCACCAGAAUCCGAGGAAUUUGCCAUUCGGCAGUUGCACGACAUCAACUGGAUCGUGGCAAACUGUUCGACACCGGGUAACUAUUUCCACCUUUUGCGCCGACAAAUUGCGUUGCCGUUCCGUAAACCACUAAUCGUGCUGACGCCCAAGUCUCUGCUGCGUCAUCCGGAAUGUAAGAGCAACUUUAGCGAAAUGACCGACGGAACCGAAUUCCAGAGAUUGAUCCCAGAUGCUUUGACCGCCCAGAAUCCAAACCAGGUCAAGCGAGUGAUCUUCUGUACUGGCCGUGUGUACUACGACUUGCUGAAGGCACGUCGUGAUCGUAAACUGGAGAACGAUAUCGCAAUCAGCCGCGUUGAACAGAUCUCUCCCUUCCCGUACGACCUGGUGAAGGCCGAGUGCGCCAAAUACGCAAACGCUGAACUGGUAUGGGCUCAGGAAGAGCAUAAGAACCAGGGUUGCUGGACUUACGUGCAGCCACGCUUCGACACUGCGAUCAACUCGACUCGUGAUUUCAGCGUGCAAGAAGAAAAGCUUGUGCAGCAGAAAACCGGCCAAGGAUUCAAUAUCCCGCAGGGUACCUUUAACUCUCCGACGAGCGGUUCUGCGGCCAGCAAGGGUCACAAAGUGCGAAUCUCAGCGCGACCACUUAGCUAUGUUGGCCGUCCGUGUGGAGCAUCGACCGCCACGGGCUCCAAAGCCCAGCAUAUGAAGGAGCUAAAAAAUCUCCUGGACGACGCCAUGGCUCUGUAAAUUAGACUCAACUCGUCAUGCGGCACUUUAGGGUGAAUUUAUACUACCGGAGCAAAACCAACCUGCAGCUAAGCGACCGGCGACAACUCCUUACUGGACGAGCAUGGCGCGCUGAUUCUUCGAAUGAUGUUUCCUAUCUUUUGAUCUAAUUGAUUACCACAUCAUCAUAAUAACGAUGACAACAGUGCAAAACGGUGACGCAACACGGACACAGGGACCUCUAAGAAUCGAUUUUGUCGACCGCUACACCAUAUUCUACGAUAUUACGAGAAGCAAUGGGAUAUCCUUCAACAAGCUACGAGACAAGCACAGCAAAAGCGCUAGCAUGCUCGGUUAUUUAUGAAGUUUUCGCUAGUUUUAGUAGUUCUAUUUAAUACCGAUAGGUGCGAAGGAAGAAAUGGCAACAGUAGUACAUUUAACCAUUAAAAGUUAGAAAGUGAGCCGUGAACGGUGAAAAUACAAAACUAAGCUAAUGCUUAUAGCAACAGCAGCGCGGGUAUGUGUAGCAUCAGUUGGAGGUUUUUGUUUGUAUCUUGCUUACACAACCCUUUACUCCUAAUCAUAAUAGCGUCAAGGAAAAGGAUGCAAAUCCUGAAAGGAUAGCAGAACUACACACACGCUAACAAGUACACGCGCAUAUGAAUAUGUAUACACAUUUUAUUUAAUUACUUAGUGAAAAAUGAAAAGAUAAUCGCCCUAGUAGCAUCCUGCUUCUUCCAUCGCACGUUACUCGCAGUAGAGUGAAUGAUGGAAGGGCGCAAACAUAUUUAUUUAUAUACAUUCAUAUGUUCUUUUUCGCUGUUGAAUGCAAUAAUGAAUUUUGCAAUCAAAACAUGAACUAGUUUUUUUUUAAUGGAAUAAGCCAGGGCAGUUAAUCGUUCUUGUCACGCGUGAUUGUUGGAGGAUUCAGCGGAUAUAACAUAUCUGUCGCUCAAUAAAUGCACAGAUGAAUUAAAAUCA